CGUGUGAGUCUGCAGCUCAGAGUGAGUGUCCCUCCUGCCUAAGGACCUCGGAGGACUCGGCGCAGCACCCCCUCCCUCGCUUACCACGCGGACCCCCACCCCCUCUCGCAGCCACGGUGGCAGCAGCGGCAGAGCCUCGCCCACUCCAAUCCCCACCCUCUCCAUCCUUAGCUGUUGAGGAACAGCCGCUCGAGGCGCGUUCCUGGAGGACCCCGGGCGCGGAAGAGGAAAGGAGCAGUCGCAAGGGGGCCGGGAAGGCAGCAUGUGUCCUCCGGGAGCAGCCUCGGCACCCACCGUCUGAGGCUGCAGCCCCAGUUCGCCAUUGUGCGCUACCACCUGGGGAGCCCGGCAGAUCCGUGGUCCGUUCGGGUCCCCGUCCUCGCCGCGAUGGGGCACCUGCCCACGAGGACACGCGGCGGCCGUCGCCUCCUGCCUCUGCUCUGGCUCUUUGUGUUGCUCAAGAAUGCUGCAACAUUCCAGGUGACUGUCCAAGAUGAUAAUAGCAUCACUGUCUCUUUAGAAGCUUCAGAUGUUGUGAGCCCUUCAUCUGUGUAUGUCGUGAAGAUAACUGGUGAAUCAAAAAAUUACUUCUUCGAAUUUGAGGAAUUCAACAGCACUUUGCCUCCUCCUAUUAUCUUUAAGGCCAGUUAUCAUGGCCUUUACUAUAUAAUCACGCUGGUGGUGGUAAAUAGAAAUGUGGUUACUAAGCCAUCCAGAUCAAUCACUGUGCUAACAAAACCUCUUCCUGUAACCAGUGUUUCAAUAUAUGACUAUAAACCUUCUCCUGAAACAGGAGUCUUGUUUGAAAUUCAUUAUCCAGAAAAAUAUAAUGUUUUCACAAGAGUAAAUAUAAGCUACUGGGAAGGUAAAGACUUCCGGUCGAUGCUAUAUAAAGAUUUCUUUAAGGGAAAAACAGUAUUUAAUCAUUGGCUUCCAGGAAUAUGUUAUAGCAAUAUCACCUUUCAGUUGGUCUCUGAGGCAACAUUUAAUAAAAGUACUCUUGUGGAGUACAGUGGUGUUAGUCAUGAACCCAAACAGCACAGAACUGCCCCUUAUCCACCUCGAAAUAUCACCGUUCGUAUUGUAAACAUGAACAAAAACAAUUGGGAAGAACAGAGCGGCAGCUUUCCAGAGGAAUCGUUCAUGAGAUCACAAGAUCUAGUGGACAGAGACAAACUCUUCCAUUUUACAGAUGAAAGUCCUGAGAUUCCCUCUGGCAACCUUUCUUCUGGCUGGCCUGAUUUUAACAGCAGUGAUGACGAAGCUACAUCUCAGCCCAAUUGGUGGGAUAGUGCAUCCUCCACUGUUGAAAGUGAAGAUGAAUUUGUUAGUGUACUUCCCAUGGAAUAUGAAAAUAGCAGUAUUCUCAGCGAGGCAGACAAAUUGGGCUCUUCCUCUUUCUUCCCCAUGCAAAUGAUUCUGAGGUGGUUACCACCAAAACCACCUACAGCCUUUGAUGGGUUCCACAUCCACAUAGAAAGAGAAGAAAAUAUUACUGAGCAUCUGACAGUGGAUGAAGAAACACAUGAAUUUGUUGCAGAACUGAAGGAACCUGGGAAAUAUAAGUUAUCUGUGACAACCUUUAGUUCCUCAGGAUCUUGUGAACCUCGUAAAAGUCAGUCAGCAAAAUCACUCAGUUUUUAUAUCAGUCCUUCGGGAGAGUGGAUCGAAGAGCUGACUGAGAAGCCCCAGCAUGUAAGCGUCCAUGUCCUCAGCUCCACUACGGCCUUGAUGUCCUGGACAUCCUCCCAGGAGAACUACAAUGGCACCAUCGUUUCCGUGGUCUCACUCACCUGCCAGAAACAGAAGGAGAGCCAGAGGCUGGAGAAGCAGUACUGCACUCAGGUGAACUCAAGCAAGUCUAUUAUUGAAAAUCUGGUACCUGGGGCCCAGUACCAGGUUGUGAUGUACCUAAGAAAAGGACCUUUGAUUGGACCACCUUCAGAUCCUGUGACAUUUGCUAUUGUUCCAACUGGAAUAAAGGAUUUAAUGCUCUACCCCUUGGGCCCUACAGCAGUGGUUUUGAGCUGGACCAGACCUUACUUAGGAGUGUUCAGAAAAUAUGUGGUUGAAAUGUUUUAUUUCAACCCUACCACCAUGGCGUCAGAGUGGACAACCUACUACGAAAUUGCUGCGACGGUUUCCUUAACAGCCUCAGUGAGAAUUGCUAAUCUGUUGCCUGCCUGGUACUACAACUUUCGCGUUACCAUGGUGACCUGGGGAGACCCAGAAUUGAGCUGCUGUGACAGUUCCACCAUCAGCUUCAUAACAGCCCCAGUUGCUCCAGAAAUCACUUCUGUGGAGUAUUUCAACAGCCUGUUAUAUAUCAGUUGGACCUACGGGGAUGACACCACUGACCUCUCCCAUUCUAGAAUGUUGCACUGGAUGGUUGUUGCUGAAGGAAAGCAGAAAAUUAAAAAGAGUGUAACACGCAAUGUCAUGACUGCAAUUCUCAGCCUGCCUCCCGGAGAUAUCUACAACCUCUCAGUAACUGCUUGCACUGAGAGAGGAAGCAAUACUUCCACGCUCCAGCUGGUCAAGCUAGAACCAGCUCCUCCAAAAUCCCUUUUUGCAGUGAAUAAAACCCAGACUUCAGUGACUUUGCUGUGGGUGGAAGAGGGGGUGGCUGAUUUCUUCGAAGUCGUCUGUCAGCAAGUUGGUUCUAGCCAGGAAACAAAACUCCAGGAACCCAUCUCUGUUUCUUCUCAUGUCGUGACCAUCUCCAGCCUCCUUCCUGCCACUGCCUACAACUGUAGUGUCACCAGCUUUAGCCACAACAGCCCCAGUGUCCCCACCUUCAUAGCUGUCUCAACAAUGGUUACAGAGAUGAAUCCUAACGUGGUGGUCAUCUCCGUGCUGGCCCUCCUGAGCACAUUAUUAAUUGGACUGCUGCUUGUUACUCUUAUCAUCCUGAGGAAAAAACAUCUGCAGAUGGCUAGGGAGUGUGGAGCUGGAACUUUUGUCAAUUUCGCGUCCUUAGAGAGGGAUGGCAAGCUUCCCUACAACUGGCGUAGGAGUAUAUUUGCUUUCUUAACCCUGCUACCCUCAUGUCUUUGGACUGAUUAUCUUUUGGCAUUUUAUAUUAAUCCUUGGAGUAAAAAUGGUUUAAAGAAGAGGAAACUGACUAACCCUGUUCAACUGGAUGACUUUGACGCCUACAUCAAGGAUAUGGCCAAAGAUUCUGACUACAAAUUUUCUCUUCAGUUUGAGGAGUUGAAAUUGAUUGGACUGGAUAUUCCACACUUUGCUGCAGACCUUCCACUGAACCGCUGUAAAAAUCGUUACACAAACAUCCUACCAUAUGACUUUAGCCGAGUGAGAUUAGUCUCCAUGAACGAAGAGGAAGGGGCAGACUACAUCAAUGCCAACUAUAUUCCUGGAUACAACUCACCCCAGGAGUAUAUUGCCACCCAGGGGCCACUGCCUGAAACCAGAAAUGACUUUUGGAAGAUGGUCCUACAACAGAAGUCUCAGAUUAUUGUCAUGCUCACUCAGUGCAAUGAGAAAAGGCGGGUGAAAUGUGACCACUACUGGCCCUUCACGGAAGAGCCCAUCGCUUAUGGAGAUAUCACUGUGGAGAUGAUCUCGGAGGAAGAGCAGCAUGACUGGGCCUGCAGACACUUCCGGAUCAACUACGCUGAUGAGAUGCAGGAUGUGAUGCACUUGAACUACACCUCAUGGCCUGAUCACGGAGUGCCCACAGCAAAUGCUGCAGAAAGUAUCCUGCAGUUUGUCCACGUGGUCCGACAACAAGCUACCAAGAGCAAAGGCCCCAUGAUCGUGCACUGCAGCGCCGGGGUGGGGCGCACGGGGACCUUCAUCGCACUGGACCGGCUCCUACAGCACAUUCGGGAUCAUGAGUUUGUGGACAUCUUGGGGCUGGUGUCGGAAAUGCGGUCCUACCGGAUGUCGAUGGUACAGACAGAGGAGCAGUACAUCUUCAUCCAUCAGUGUGUGCAGCUGAUGUGGAUGAAGAAGAAGCAGCAGUUCUGCAUCAGUGAUGUCAUCUACGAGAACGUCAGCAAGUCCUAGCCCAGGGUCGCAACGGACACGAUGUGCAAUCAUCCUCCCUUGCUUCCAGAGUUUUUUUUGGGGGGAGGGGCUCUGCUAGCCCUUUUGCUAAAAGAGCCCCUGCUUUGCAGUACGUGGCCGCGGUGGUGAUAAUCUUUCUCAUAGAAGCACCGGGAAGACUUAGCCUUAAAGAGCCUACAGUGUCUUCUGGACAUCUAAUCAUGGACCAAAUUCAGCUGAACAGCAGACUGGUGUAGGCGCUCUGCAGAGGGUAGGGAGCGCCCCCCCUGAAGCGUCCCCUCAACCCUGGGCAGGUUGGGCUGAGUUGACUAUUGUUGCUUUUAAGUGCAAUGCUUUUGUAUGUGUGUGAUCUUAUCAGAAAGUGGAAUUGUUUUCUGCCCACAUGGUUGAUCCAGCCCACGGCCCAGAAAGGAACAGGCAUUGUUAGUGUCGAAUUAUACCUCAUGUUAUGAAAAAGCCCAGGCCACACGUGAAGAGACAGCAAUGCUACUUCACGGAGACGGAGCCAGCACUGGCUGUACCCUGAUCUUGAGCUACUGGAGCAGGAGUGGGAGGAGAGAAGGGCUUCACCUGGCGAUCAACCACAUUUCUUUUCCAAAUACGCAAAGCUGUAAUUCAGCUUCACAGUAGAGUAGAAAAAGUACUUAAGUCUUCAGUGUUCUAGUUCUUGAUGGUUUUCUUAUUAACUUUCAGUGUUUCCUCCUCGGCCCCUGUGGACUAACUGCACCUCCUGUCCUUUUCUGACAAGCCCGGUCUGUCUGGUUCAGACAGGCUGGAGACCUAAGCAGUCUCGGAAUUUUGUGUUCCUUUUCUGUUGAUCUGCACACACGUAGACGCUAUUUCUUUGAGAACUAUAGGCUGUGAAAACGCACUUUCCUUCCCCCAAAGAGCUGGGAGUUGGGGACGUUCUGACAAGGAACUGCAGCAUGCGAGGACGAUGAUUUAGCUACCUUGGGGGAGGGGUGAUGUUGUCAAAUGUCUCCAUUCUUUGGAUUUUGUAUGAUUACAGUACAUGGCUGUGUAGUGUGACAUGAAUGCUGUCAAAGUGGACCCCGAUGGCCUGCUACUUUGUGUCACUUCCUGAGCAGGGAGAGGCGAUGGAAGGGCUAGAAAAAGGAAGACAUUUUGAGUCGAACGUAAAUACAAGCUGGCUGCUUCACUGUGGCUGUGGUAUGCCCUCUUGUGUGCACUGGGGUGGGGUGGGGGGCUCUGUGUGGGAUCUCUGCCCCCCACCUCCCUGGCUCCCCUCCAUUCCCAUGGAUGGUCUUUGUGAAGCAAUGCACAUAGGAGUGGAUGAAUGUUCUACGAUGACCUCAGUGCAGGUGAAGGGUGCCAAGUGAACAGCCCUGCACCCCACCAUCUCCUGUCACUGAGAACACCUUGGCAUGGUUCUCUGCAUGACCUGGCCAGUGAGUCUCAGUUUCAACUGGCAGGGUGGAUGGCAGAGGAUGGCCAUGUCCUGCAGGCUGACAGCUUGGGCUCCAGGGGGACUGUCAGUUCCUACUCACCUCCCUUCCUCUCCUCACGCCUCCCUGUUGCCUGACACCUUUUCUCACACCCACCCCUCACGCCCCUUCUUGGUUAAUAAUGUAUCACUCCAUUCUCAGGAACACACCUGGUUAAAGAGAGGUGGCAAGUGCAUGUGUGACAUUCUCAGAUUCACACAAGUGGGCCAGUCAGGAGUAAAGCGCAGCCUUGGAGAGCUGGUCUGCAGCACGGGAGGCUGGGACGCGUCUCCGAUGUUCAUGCACUGGAACAUCGCGGCCUCUGAAAUUUAAAGCACCUCAUAAAUAUUUCAUGGUUUUCUUGAGCACCCCUUCACAGUAGGGAUCAAAUAGUACAGAUCAGUUUUCCCAAAAGAAAAGAAGUAUGUAGCGUUUAGACUGCACAGAGGUCACACUAGAGCACUUUACUAGAACAUUCCUUCAGGGGUCUCAGCCGGCAUUCUGCUCCCUGGCGCCAUGAAAUUGUUGAGCUUCCAGCGGAAAGAAACAUUGACUUGGAACUUCUCUCUCCUGAGUUUUGGUUAAUAAACUGUAGGAUGACCUACUAAUAGCUCCGAUUUUUUUCAGAUACAAGGAGAAUCAGAUAUGACGACUCACCCACAGGAACUCCACACUUGCACUUGCCCCUUCAUGUACCAUAAGGACAUUCGAACCAGCUUAAUUUCCACUCCAGGACUCAGAUUUGUGUAUUCAGGGGGGAGGCUGCGAGAGCCUCUGUUAUUAACGUAGGCUGCUGUAGCAUUAGCACCUGAGCUGUGCUCUGUGUGAACACUGGCAUUCGCACAUGCUGGUCAUAAUCGCGCCUCUGCAGGGAAAGCGCUGGAGCUUGGAAUUGGAAAAUGUCUGACUUUGAGUGCUGUUGAGAUCCAACUCCUUGGCUGCAAAAGUGACCUCCUGAAGUUAGCUACGAAACUACCAUUGGGGGUCUCCUUUAGCAAUUUAUUAGUAGACACCAAUAUAUUCAUCACCUCACAUCAUUACAUAGUUCUAUUUAACUUAAGGGAAGAACUAGAUGGCAACAUCAUUUUUGGACAAUCUAAUUCAGGGUUCACAAUUCCCCACUACAAAGAUAAUAUUGUCCCCCUCACCCCAUUUUAAAAUUAGAAAAUUGUUUUUUAAAUGUCAGGUUUUUUUUUUUUUUCCUAAAAGCUGUCCCUUCCUCCCAAAAAAAGGCUGUGAUAGCAACAUGUAAACCAGGAGACUGAGACUUUGUAUCUAAAAUGUUUGCACUCCAUAUGAGAGCUGCUUGUCUGAGGACUGGCCCUUAGCCAAGGAGUUUAAAGCUCACUGACUCUAAUCCCUGAGAGCCAACUCCUCCCUGCUUUCUAGCAAAGAGGCUUCCUUUCCACCUCAGGAAAUGUCUGAUGUCAUGUGCUUCAACUAGCUGGCUGGGUUCCUCGCUCACCUGGCCUUUGGCAUAGGACAUCCACUUUGGCCAAAGGGCUGACAAAGCAACAAAAACAUCCCACAAAAAUGGUAAACCUGUACCCCUGCUUCUUAAUAGUCCUACAUUUAAGUAUGCAUUUGAAGGAAACUGAAGCUAUGACAGCUCUGAGCACUGACCUUCCAGAACAACAGGAUUUUUGUUUUCAGUGGAUGGUUAUCACAAGGCCUGAUCAUGGUGGGUCACUCGAUUAGACAUGGGGUAUCCUGUUUAGCUCUGGAACUUGUAUCAUAAGAGGCACUUUGAUAAACUUAAGGUUGUCCACAUAGUAUUUCCAGAACAGCUAGGAAUGUAGAAAAUAGGUCAUAGUAACAAGGCCUGGACACAGUGGUGGGGCUAAGUCUGGAGUAAAGGAGAGCCACUCAUUCAAGCAUUCAUGUAGCAAAUAUUUAUCUAAUGAAUGAAUCAACCAGUGAAAGCUUUCUUUAUACUUGUGACAUUGUAGGCACUGGGAUAAUAAGCAUGGUACCCUACACUAACUUGUAAAAAUGUUACAAAUCCAUUUUGUUGUUGGAAGAAUGGAGCAGACAGUCAAGUCUUUGGCAACAUUUUGUCACUUAGAUAUCCCCAACUUUGCCAAAUCAGAAGCACCCUGUCCAUCUGUGGUUUCAGCCAUGCUCUGGGUCAGCCAUGCUCUGAAAACACAGUAAGAUUUUUGGAGAGCAACAGAGGCCACACUCACACAACUUUUUCCAGCAUAUUGUUCAAAUUUCCCAUUGUUAAUCUCUUACUGUACCUAAUGAAUGAAUUCAGCUCCAUCAUAGGUAUGCAUGUGUUCUGCAAAAAACUACUGGUCAAGAUACUAGUGUUAUACUUUCACUCCAAUUUUAUAAAACAGAAUAUCCAGGUUCUCAUUGUUUUUGUUACUCAUCAACGACCACAGGUUCCUCCUUGAUGAGACUCAUUAAGCUCUCCUACUCAAAACAAGCUCUCCACUGCAGGCCUGGCAGAUGGCUAGUCUUCCCUACUGCACACCUCCGGUACCAAGCACUGCCACCUUGGCAGGCUGCCCCUGCAUUUUCCAGAGAGCAUUUCCUUUUAUUUAUACCUCAAAGGAUCCCUACCAAGAAUACAAGUGGCAGAAGCAGGUUCUAACCCAGGUUGUCUAGAUCCCAAACCCCCCUUUUCCCACUACCUCAUGCUGUAUCCUAUUCAUCAUUGCUUAAAUAUGGUAGCACAGAACCAACAGCUUCAUUUUCAGGUGAUGUGUCUGGGUGCUUAAACUUCCAAUUUGAAAACAUUACAUCUCUAAACACAUCAGAAAAUCACUUACCCCACAUCCCAUGUCAGGCAGUGGAAGGGGGUGGAGUUAUGAAGACAAUUGAAACAGACCUGCUUCAAGGAGUUCAUUCUGAUAGGGAAAUCAGUAGUGAACAGAUGGAUUGUUGGAAUCUAUAAAGGAUCCGAUAUACACCCAAGAAUGACAGGUUAUUUUUUUUCUGGAAGGGUCAAGAAAGAUGAUCCUGCCACAUUAACAUAUUAAAGACUAUAGAUGUAGCCACAUUGAAGAAUACAGGUUAUGCACAAUCAUUCACUCCUGCACUGGCAAGCAUUCAUAAACACCCACUGCACAUUUAUCCCUUGGCCCAUAUGGGUUAUGAAACCUCCAACCUGCCUUCUGCAGCUUUGUUUUAUGGCUGAUCCCAAAGUGACAAUUUCCUUCCAGCUCUCCACAGACCACUCCAGCUCAUCUGCUACUUAGCAGACUUACUGUAAAUGUAACUAAUAACUUAUUGGGACUGCAUUUCCUUGUAAGUGGAAGGUAGGCAGAUGACAGAUUUCCCUCCCUGCCCCCUGAAAAAUCACACAUAAGCAACCUUCUGCCUCUCCUAUCCUCUCUCGCUCUCCUCUUCUCUCUCUCCUUUUCUCUUUUUCUCUGUCUCCAGAGAUGGUGGUUCCAAAAAAAUAGAAGCCUGGGUCUCCGAAUAACCACCUGGAGGAGGAAUACCUAUCUGCACUAGCCCAUGAUCUGAUCAACAAAUUCUGUUGUGUUGUCAAUGAGAUUCUGCUCUCACAGGCCAUGGGAGCUGAGGAUAACCUUGGCAAAUGCCCCAUCUCGGUGACAGGGGAGCAUGACUGCCCCAUGAAGUUCCCAGAAAACACGUUAAAGAUGAAACAGCAAAGCCAGGUUACUCCCCAAGGACACAUGGGCUCUGCUGAAGGUCACAGACAAAUGUUAAUACAUUAAAUAAACUUUUCUAUGGAAAUCAGCUCAUUCUUCUCCAGCAGUAUCCUUCCAACUUAGAUUUCCUUCCUUGUUUGAUUGUCCUUUUUUGAACCCUGUAAGACGACUACUAGCUAGGAAACCCGCUCAAAUUUUUGAGCCUGCACAAGCGUCCCAGAUUCCAAUCAACAAUAGCCCCACAGUGUUUUCGCAUCAGUGACAGCCUCAAUGUGCAGGAGGCCACAAGGCUUGGCAUGCAGGGUGACACUGAGCAAGCCAGGACUUCACCUGUGUAUCAUGAGGGGACUCCACGUCAGCAGGAAGGAGUUCAAACCUAGCUGACGUCAAACAUUUUUGUUCAGUUCUAAGAACACUAAAAAGUCCCAAGGGCUGAUUAGGGAAAGCUAACUACAAGGUCAAAACAGUAACUACUGACAUCCAGGAAGUGUGGGGAGCAGCUAGCCAGCAGGGUGGG